AUGAAUGGUAAAAAUUUUAAUCUUGAGGAGGAGGAGGGUGCUUAUAUAUUUUUGUGUAUUUCUGGCAAAAGAAAAUCGGGAAAAGAUUAUAUAACUCGUCAAUUGGUUAAUUUACUCAACAAACAAUUUCCUUCAAUAAUUACUUCAAUUUGUACAUUAAGCGAGCCUUUAAAGAAAGAAUUUGCUAAAAUUAAUAAUUUAAAUUUUAAUGAUUUAAUGAGUGAUGGAAAAGCUAAAGAAUUGGUUAGGAAAGAAAUGAUUGAAUUUGGAGAAAAAUUGAGAAGAGAAGAUUUUGGGAUAUUUUGUAGGUAAAUUAAUUGGAGGG